AUGGGCCGGCCUCCCAAGAAACGGGUACGAGAGAACGAUGAUAUCGAUGCAGCUUUUGUCGGAAAUCAUCCCUGCCCUCUUUUAUCAGACUUCGAAAAGGAUUGGACUUCGACGGAAGUAGGGGUGGACACUUUCCAUCUAUGUCCUCCAGUCUUUUUGAACCGUCCGACAGGUACAGUCGAGCCGAGUCUAGCUACAUCACUAGAACCAUCGCACCAGUUACGACCGGUCUUUGAAACAUCUGAUCCUUGGCCGGAUUUUUCAACGGCGUCUGCUGCUUCUGCCAUGCUGUCCAUGAAUUCGGAAAUCCCCAGCUUGCUCCCAGAAUCCAUGUCGCCUGGGGUUGUUCAAGAUACACCCCAAUGCCCUUGCCUUUCUUACCUUUACCUUUGCUUAAGCACACUGUCAAGCCUCAGUGCAUUUUCCGUCACUAGAGAAACCAUCACCUCGCUGCAUACAACAGCAAGGACAGCCCAAUCUGUCAUUCGGUGCGAAAUAUGCCCGUUAUCGUUUGCCACUGGAAUGCAAAAUGUUAUGAUGCUGGGGACCCUUCUGAGCGUGGUUUCAGAUGCGUGGCUAAGAGUAUCCGAGGCCGAUGCUGAAGCCUUGGGCAAGGAGAUUGCUCCUGCGACCUUCCAAAAUUCGAUCAUCGAAGACCCUCAAGGCGCAAAAGAGAAAUGGCGGCAAUGGCUACGAGAGGUUAUCCGCUGGUCAGUCAUCGGCAGUUGCAUAGAGCCCGAGUUUUGUCAACCCACGGUCGUCUGCUCCUGUACACCGGACAUUCUCUCACUCAUUCGAGAAAUGGAAACGCGCCAACGAAGGUGGCAUGCCGAAAAACGCAGUCACAACUUGACGCCCCAGUCGGAUACCGCUUAUUCAAGGUUGCAUACGCCACAAUCCCUGUCACGCUCAACUUCAACGGCCGCGAGUGAUCCGGAAAUUGACCCGGCGGAAGAAAAACAGAAUAUGGAAGAGAGGGAUAUGCUGUGCCUUAAAAUCGUCGGCGCUGCCAGGGCAGUUAUUGAAAGGUUCAACUUUCAGCCUUGGGAAUAUCCAGAUGGCGUGGAGCCUUUGUAG